UGGUGGCAGUCGCCAGAAGAGCAUCAUGCCGAGGAGGAAGCAGCAGGCGCCCCGGCGCGCAGCAGCCUACGUUUCCGAUGAGCUCAAGGCUGCCGCCCUGGCAGACGAAGACAUAGACCCAGAGGAGAACGCAGCAGAUGGAGAGCCCUCGGCCAAAUACAUGUGCCCAGAGAAGGAGCUCAGUAAGACCUGCCCCAGUUACCAGAACUCCCCGGCUGCUGAGUUCUCCAGCCACGAAAUGGACAGCGAGUCACACAUCAGUGAGACCAGUGACCGAAUGGCUGACUUUGAGAGUGGCUCCAUCAAGAACGAAGAGGAGACGAAGGAGGUCACCGUCCCACUGGAAGACACGACCGUGUCAGAUAGCUUGGAGCAGAUGAAAGCCGUGUACAACAACUUCCUCUCCAACUCCUACUGGUCCAACCUCAGCCUCAACCUGCACCAGCCUUCCUCGGAGAAGAACAACGGCAGCAGCAGCAGCAGCAGCAGCAGCAGCAGCAGCUGUGGCAGCGGCAGCUUCGACUGGCACCAGAGCGCCAUGGCCAAGACUCUGCAGCAAGUGUCGCAGAGCCGCAUGCUGCCCGAGCCCAGUCUGUUCAGCACCGUGCAGCUGUACCGGCAGAGCAGCAAGCUCUACGGCUCCAUCUUCACGGGCGCCAGCAAGUUCCGCUGCAAGGACUGCAGCGCCGCCUACGACACGCUGGUGGAGCUGACAGUGCACAUGAACGAGACAGGGCAUUACCGCGACGACAACCACGAGACCGAUAACAACAACCCCAAGCGGUGGUCCAAGCCCCGCAAACGCUCCUUGCUGGAGAUGGAAGGGAAGGAAGAUGCCCAGAAGGUGUUAAAGUGCAUGUACUGUGGCCACUCCUUUGAGUCCCUGCAGGACUUGAGUGUCCAUAUGAUCAAAACAAAACACUACCAAAAAGUGCCUCUGAAAGAACCCGUCACCCCUGUCGCAGCCAAAAUCAUCCCUGCUACGCGGAAGAAAGCGUCGCUGGAGCUGGAGCUGCCCAGUUCCCCGGAUUCCACAGGCGGAACCCCCAAAGCCGUGCUGGUGGACACGAACGAUGCACUUCAGAAGACCUCCAACCCUUACAUUACACCAAAUAACCGGUAUGGCCACCAGAACGGGGCCAGCUAUGCGUGGCACUUUGAGGCCCGCAAGUCCCAGAUCCUGAAGUGCAUGGAGUGUGGCAGCUCCCAUGACACACUGCAGGAGCUCACGGCCCACAUGAUGGUGACUGGCCACUUCAUCAAGGUCACGAACUCAGCCAUGAAGAAGGGGAAGCCCAUCAUGGAGACGCCCAUCACGCCCACCAUCACGACCCUGCUUGAUGAGAAGGUGCAGUCUGUGCCCCUGGCAGCCACCACCUUCACGUCCCCCUCCAACACGCCUUCGAGUGUCUCACCAAAACUGAACGUGGAGGUCAAGAAGGAGGUGGAAAAGGACAAAGCAGUCACUGAUGAAAAACCCAAGGAAAAGGAGAAGCCUGGUGAAGAAGAAGAGAAGUAUGACAUCUCUUCCAAAUACCAUUAUCUGACUGAAAAUGACUUAGAAGAGAGUCCCAAGGGGGGUCUGGAUAUCCUGAAGUCCCUAGAAAACACGGUGACAUCUGCAAUCAACAAGGCCCAGAAUGGCACUCCCAGCUGGGGGGGCUACCCCAGCAUCCAUGCCGCCUACCAGCUCCCCAACAUGAUGAAGCUGUCUCUGGGCUCAUCGGGGAAAAGCACACCCCUGAAACCCAUGUUUGGCAACAGCGAGAUUGUGUCUCCCACAAAAAGCCAGACACUGGUCUCUCCACCCAGCAGCCAGACCUCACCCAUGCCCAAGACAAACUUCCAUGCCAUGGAGGAGCUGGUGAAAAAAGUCACAGAGAAAGUUGCCAAAGUUGAGGAGAAGAUGAAGGAGCCAGAGGGCAAGCUUUCUCCACCUAAGCGGGCCACGCCCUCCCCGUGCAGUAGCGAAGUCAGUGAGCCCAUCAAGAUGGAGGCAGCCAGUGACGGGGGCUUCAAAAGCCAGGAGAGCAGCCCCAGCCCCCAGCGGGAUGGGUGCAAGGAGGGGAGUCCGCCGGCAGAACCAGUGGAGAAUGGCAAGGAGCUGGUGAAGCCCAUGACCAGUGGCCUGAGCAGCAGCACGGCCAUCAUCACUGACCAUCCGCCCGAACAGCCUUUUGUUAACCCUUUGAGUGCCCUCCAGUCAGUCAUGAACAUUCACCUGGGCAAGGCUGCCAAGCCCUCCCUGCCUGCCCUUGACCCCAUGAGCAUGCUUUUCAAGAUGAGCAACAGCUUGGCAGAGAAGGCAGCAGUGGCCACCCCACCGCCCCUCCAAUCCAAGAAGGUAGACCACCUCGACCGCUAUUUCUACCACGUCAACAACGACCAGCCCAUAGACUUGACAAAAGGGAAGAGUGACAAAAGCUGCUCUUUGGGUUCAGUGCUUUUGUCACCCACGUCCACAUCCCCGGCAACCUCCUCAUCCACGGUGACAACGGCAAAGACAUCUGCCGUAGUAUCAUUCAUGUCAAACUCGCCGCUACGCGAGAAUGCCUUGUCAGAUAUAUCUGAUAUGCUGAAGAACUUGACAGAGAGCCACACGUCAAAAUCCUCCACUCCUUCCAGCAUCUCCGAGAAGUCUGACAUUGAUGGGGCCACUUUAGAGGAGGCUGAGGAGUCGACGCCUGCGCAGAAGAGGAAGGGCCGCCAGUCAAACUGGAACCCCCAGCACCUCCUGAUCCUGCAGGCCCAGUUUGCCGCCAGCCUGCGGCAGACCUCCGAGGGGAAGUACAUCAUGUCAGACCUGAGCCCCCAGGAGCGGAUGCACAUCUCCAGGUUCACCGGCCUUUCAAUGACCACCAUCAGCCACUGGCUGGCCAAUGUGAAAUACCAGCUUCGAAGGACAGGUGGAACAAAGUUCCUCAAAAACUUGGACACUGGCCACCCCGUGUUCUUUUGUAAUGACUGCGCGUCACAAAUUAGGACUCCUUCCACGUACAUCAGUCAUCUCGAGUCUCACCUGGGCUUCCGCCUACGGGACUUGUCCAAACUGUCCACCGAACAGAUUAACAAUCAAAUAGCACAAACCAAGUCACCGUCAGAAAAACUGGUGACGUCCUCCCCUGAGGAGGACCUGGGGACCUCCUAUCAGUGCAAACUUUGCAAUCGGACCUUUGCGAGCAAGCAUGCUGUCAAGCUUCACCUCAGCAAAACCCAUGGGAAAUCUCCGGAAGACCACCUUCUGUAUGUGUCCGAGCUAGAGAAGCAGUAGCAUUGGCUUUUGAUUAAAAGGACUCUGAGUUGCGUUGAGGGAAACUGUGGAAGGCACCUUCAGGCCCCUCCGUCUUGUUCUUGGCACACGUUCUUAUUUUAACUGCAGAGAACCCCCCUGGGCUGGACUGUUUUGUAUAACUGUAUAGUGUUUAAUAGAGGUGCAUAAUCAGCUGUUGUUCCUGGUAAAAUAUGAAGGUUAAAAUGCAGUGGUAAGUGUUUGGAACUUUGUGUAAAUGGGAUUUAGUUGUGAGCAUCUCUCUGAUGCUUCAAGCUGCAUGCAUUGACAGACAGUUUAAUUAAGCAUUUAUAACGAAACCGGGCACACUUUUUCCAUGUGACUUGAGUGUGCUAGCAUUUCUCACCCUUUCAUCUUUAGCCCUCUGAGUACUUUGAAGCACUUUUGCAUUAAUUUGGUUAUAAAAUAAAAUGAAAUAAUAAUAAUGUAUGAAGCUCUGUUUUUUAAACUCCUUACCAGCUUAGUUAUAAUUAAUAAUACGAACCUCCAUUUAUGCAGGUCUGCAGGGGUCUAACACGCCUUGAAAUUUAAAAGAAUAUUAUUUUCACAUUGAAACAUAGAUGUAUAUAUUGUAUAGAUUUCAGACUCUCUUAUGAAAAAUGUGAUUGUGGUUAAAUGACUUUUUUUUUUUUCCUGCAUCUAUAGCAACAGUGUUUUACGUACCUGCUAUGCUCUGGGCAUAAGCUGUGCCUAUGUAUAGUGUAUAUUUCUUUUUUUUUUUUUAAGGUUUAUGGUCUUUUUUUUUUUUUUUUUACCAGCAAACAUUGUAAAUUAUACAGAAGAUACCACAGAUAGCAUUUAUAAAGUAUCCAGAAACAUUAUCUGAAAGCAAAGUAUGAUUGUUUGUUUUGCUAUACAGUACAUCUAUAUUGGUAGAGGUUCAUAUUUAAAUUAUACAUAUUUAUUAGCAUCGUAUUAUCAUUUGUUUUCAGCAGUCUGAAUAAACGAGGCCAGGAAACGCAUCCAAGGCAGGCAUCAUAACUAUUUUGCACAUGAUUUUUAAAGGUAUUUAUUAGAAAUCAAAGAACACUCAAAAUAAACGCAGUGCUCAAAGGGUUAAGUCUAUUUGCAAAGGAAAAAAAAAUGAACAAAAAAAAAAAAGAGAGAGAACUUGUACUGUAUUUCCUAAACAUGGAUAAAGCCUUUAAAACGUUUGUACUGUAAUACUUUGCUUAGAAGUCACGAGGCGUUCUGUGAUCCAACCUCUUUCACUUCUUUAUAAGCCCUCUUGGUUGCUGUUCCAUAUUGUAGGAUGCCUUUUUAUUUCGACUGGUAACUUUCUGUUUGGUUCUUCCUAAUUAUUCUCCCAAGAUCCUACACUGCAGCAGCUUUAUCUUGAGGCUUAUGAAAGGUAACCCGUGGUUACCGGCUCUCCAAGUGAUUCUCUUCUCCAUUUUUGGCAGUUGAUUUGCAGAAGUAACUGACGGCUGACACCAUACGAGAACCUAUGUAUAAAAUAUUGGCAUGUAAACAGCACAGACACUGUAUCGCACUCUGUGCCCCGUUUUGUUGUUGACAAUGAAGCACCAUUAUGUGACUCUUCAUAUAACCCUUUUUUUCUACGGCAGCAUUAAAAUUGUCUUUUUGCUAUAAUUUUGUGUUGCAUUCACAAUUAUGUCUGAAAUGUGCUACGACUAACGAGCACAUUAAAAUUAAAUUGUAUGCGAUCUGUUUAUGACUGACUCGGUGGCUGCCUCUGCCAGGUGCUGGCAGUCGGAAUCUGCACGUAAAUCAGGGGAGUUUUAGUGAACUUUGGCGUUUGAGAGUAGGGAGCCCUUACUCAGGGGUGGCGUGAACAGAAUAUUUUCCCCAGGAAGGAAGAUUUAAAAGAAAAGGACGAAAUUCACAUGAGGUUAGAUUCUCCGUGGAAAAGUGGCAUUAUAAAAUGUUGUGACCGGGUAGCAGAAUUUCACCAGUUCUUCCUGUCACCUGUGCGGGGUUGGGGGCUGGGUCUCCCUUGUGGAUGCAGAGAAAAGUCAGGGCUCAGAACCAUUCAGGAGGCUGAUGGGGGGAAAGAUCUUUGGAAGACUGUGCGCCGGGUGGCUCCUUCCUGUGGACAGAGGAUUGUCAAAUAGAGCAGGGAGCCAAGUUGGGCAGACCAAUUCUGGGGUCCACAGGCUCUCUCUUGUGCCAAAGAACCACAGAUAAGGAGGGGAGGGGGACUAAACCCACAUACAGGGGGAGGGGAGAGCGUUUAUAUGAUAAUCACAAGCUUUUAUUAGCCUGGCAAAUCAUGCCAACAAAACGCUGGGAACAUCACGUAAAAUUGUAAAAUACCUUUAUUACUGUAUUCAAACCACUCCUGCAGUUAGGCAGAACUGUACCUCCUAACCUAGAAUUAUACAAAUGAGAGAUGGAUUACAUCUGUG